GAAUCUGUAGCCCUUUGCCAACAAUAUCAAGACUUUAAAAAAAGAAUUGGAUCAUACAGCAAAGAAAAAUUAGCUAAUAUCAGGCCAGAACAAGAACUCCAUGCAGGUAGUUCUGCUAACAAAGAAGAAAACCCAUACUUGCAAGAUGAUGCAUCUAUCACAAAUGAUGUGGGCUUACAAGAAAAUGAUUUAACACAAGAUAAACAAAAGGGGCCUUUGUUACCUUCAAUGAAAAUAGACAAUGAUAAAAGAAACUCUACAUCAAGUAAAGAUAAGGACCUCUCACCUAAUCCAAUAUCAGCACCAUAUGAUGAACUGGCUGCAUUGUAUCUUAAUGCAGAACCACAGGCAGAAAACAAAAAUACAGAAGAAACAUCACCUAUAAUGGAA